AUGCGUGGUGACGUGGAACGCCACCAGAGGGCAGGCUGGAACAGCUACAUAAAUCUGGGUCUUCCGGCAGGACGCGCCAAGGACGAAAACAGCUUGGCGUGGAUCGCGAUGCGUGCCGAGGGACCCCUGAAGGCUGACGACCCAGACCUGCUGGAGCUACUGAGGGCGCAGUACUUACAUCCUCCGGACGGUCUUCCUUACGACCUCAAAGAGGACGCCGGGACCAAAGACAACCUCUACAAACGAUAUAAGAUUAUAUACCCUUCUUGGGCCUUCAUUGAUAGUGUCACGAGGGAUCUGUUUAGUGAAGGAGAAGAUGCCGGGUUCUUCGUAGAGGCAGGAGCUUUGGAUGGGGAGUACCUAUCCAACACUCUUUGGCUAGAGCGGUGGCGAAGGUGGACGGGGCUGCUGGUGGAGGCUGAGGCGGAUAGUUAUGCCGCUCUCAGGAAGAAGCACAGGCGAGCGUGGUCGUCACCGGCUUGUCUAGCCACCAACGACUAUCCUCACACAGCAAUACUCACCUCCUUCAGAAGAUUGGGACUAUCCUCUGAGUGGACCGACCGAGGAGCAGCCAGGAUAGAAGAGAAGCCGGCCGCCGCCGGAGAGGGACCAGGCUACAAGACGUACCAUAACGCCCAGUGUUUCCCCGCCCUCACCUUCUUCCUGGCGCUCAACAUAACGCGCGUACACUUCUUCAGCCUCGACGUUGAGGGCGUUGAAAUGGGCGUCCUCCGCUCCUUUCCCUUCGACCAGAUCACUGUCGACGUAUGGGCCAUAGAGCACGUCAGCCCCUCGAGGAACUCAACGCCGCGCACUCAGACCUCCUCAGGUGGUUCCUCUCAGCAAGUCUCGUGGUUAGAAGACCCUGAAUUUAUCGCCUUUAUGGAGGCUCGAGGGUAUUACCUUUUUGAUAUGUUCUGCAAUUAUAUUCCCGACUAUAUCUUCGUCAGGCGAGGCAGCGACGUCUUCAAACGAUUGCGCGUCCCUGAACGUAUGUGGAAACGUCGAGGCAUUUGUUUACACAAGUCCAUCUGGGACGAGGAGACGAAGGUGUUCGAACCCAAUCUACACCGGGAUAAACGCCACUGGCCGAUAUUAGCGUACAGUGGUUGA